ACCUCCAGCAAAGUUUCCUUGAACGAGCGUGUGUAUGAUCAUCUUUCACGGAUACGCGUACACCAUUACUGCUCCGCGGAGUCAUGGAGGUUGUGUGAACGUGUUUUUACCUGUCUCAGUGCUCGGUUAUUUUGUGAGAUCUUUCUCUGCCGUGCUACUCGCUGCCUAAAGGAAAAACUCAGGUGUGCACCUCGGUGACAAAGUUUGCCUGGUCUCUGGCCCAUCACGGCUGAGUGGGGAUGUUGCCUCUGUUUUCCUGCAACACUGUUCCGGCAUCCUCGCACGGCGACAUCUAAUUUUAUCAGAGUGACGUCCCCGCUUCCAGUCAUCAAGCCACCGCUGAAAAAAAAAAACACCAUGGCCCAGCCACUCUUUCCCUCUCCCCCGUCGAGAGUGCAACGCGAAGGCCGGGAAUGAAUUAAUUAGGAGCUUUGUGAAAGUUUGGACUCUGAAAACAGAAAGAUAAAAAGUCCUUUGAUGGUGUAAUUGUGAAUGCGGUUGGGGCAUGUGCUAUUAAGUGUGUGUGUGUGUGUGUGUGUGUGUGUGUGUGUGUGUGUGUGUGUGUGUGUGUGUGUGUGUGUGUGUGUGUAUGUGUGUGUGUGUUUACAGUAGGCAAAAUGCGUUUGGAAACAAUACCAAAUGGGAAGUGACGUAAUGAAUGCAAAUAAUUGAGUGCAGAUUGAAAUAAAAGGAAGUACAUGAACGUUUUGUUGAAUGGAAUAACUCAAAACAGGAAAACAGGGAAACAGACGGUAAUAAACGGAAGGCGAUGAGGCGCAAUUGAGGCCUCGAUACUAAAACCAAAAUGAACACGCGGCAAAUGUAAUAGUAACUUAUUGCUUUUCAGUAGUGACAGAGGCGGAGAGCCGAGCAGGUCGCUAUGGAAACAGAGUGCGUGAGUAAGUAGCACGAAUCCAACAGUGAAAAGAAAAUAUCGCACUUUGGUGAUAUGAAGUGGCAGGAGGAGAGAGGCAGUGGACGGGAAGUGACAGGCGACCAAACCCGGCAGUGCAUCUCCCCACCUGUACCUGUAACCAGCGUGCCAGCCUCUCACUGCAGCGUCCUGUGUCUCGGAGAUGUAUCACACCGCGGGGCUUCUUUAUACCACGACUCUUCGCUUUGUGCCGCCAGUGCGUGUUGCUGCAUCAGAAUCGGGAGCGGCACUUCAUUCCCCCACUCCCCCUUUGUUCCGUCUUCACCCGGGUCGAGGCGGCGGUGUGAUCAAGGACCUUCCCCUCAGUCUGAAUUAAGGGCAGGCUCAGGGGAGACGUACAUUCAGGAUGCCUCCAGAAGGAACGCCUCGACACGUGUGGCUUCCCCCGGGGCUCUCCUGAUGGUCCUUCUUCUCCAGGCCACCUUAGGGAUCGCCAGUGCUAAAGCGCCCCCGGAGAAUGUGGAGGACAAUGGCUACGUGGACCACCCAGCUGCCCUGCCGCGGUCCGAAACACUGACACCCCGCAGCUGGUGCUCUGGUACCGCCGGCGGGAGAAUCACCCCUUCUACAGUUACGAUGCGAGGAGCGGCAACCUGUCAGCCGGUUCGGGAAGAGUUCAUGAUGAUGUUCUGGGACCCCCGAUCACAGUUCCUGCUGGUGAAGAAGACAUACCGUCCGGGACCCCAGGACCCCCCGGGCGCCCUCCCAGUCUUCCCCGGGUGGCUGGAGUUGCAGCAGGUGACGCGAGAGGAUGCUGGAGGCUUCACUUGCAGGGUUGACUUCCUCGACGCGCCCACACAAACCCACCGCCUUCACCUCAUAGUAUACGAGAAGCCGUCUGCCGUGAUGGUAGUGGACGGGCAGGGGAGGACUGUACCACGGGGGGCCGGCGGGAUGCUGGUGGCGGGGCCUUUCAACCAGGGGAUGCGACCCUUUCUAACUUGCUACGUGCAGGGCGGCUGGCCACUACCGAACAUUGAGUGGGUGAAGGGCGGAGUCCAGCUCACCAACGCCUCCACUAGCGUGAGUGGCGGCGAUGGCUCCCUCACCAACCGGCUCUAUCUGCCUCCUCUCACCGCCGCUGACUACCUCGCGGAGCUGCAGUGCGUCGUGACCAACAACAACCUGACGGCGCCCAUCGUCACCAACGUCAGGAUCGACAUGAAUAUCGAGCCUGCGAGUGUGCUCAUAACGGGAGCCGAGAAGGCCCUGCAGGCGGGCACCCGUCACGAGGUGAAAUGUGUCUCCACGGGCUCGCGACCCCCGGCUAACCUCACCUGGGAUCUGCAGGACGAGGCUGACUGGUCGCCCCUGCAGGUGACGCAGACGGUGACUCGGACGGGAUCUUCUGAGAGCCGCGUAGCGUGGACGAUCCAGGCCAGCGAUGAUGGGCGCCGCCUUUCCUGCACGGCGACAAAUCCACGCAACUCUGCUUAUGCUGUCAUGAACUACACCACUCUCACAGUCAUCCAUCCACCCAUCGUGAGCCUCUCCAUCGGGCGUGGCCUUGACCCGUCCAGCAUCAAGGAGGGCGGGGAUGUGUACUUCACCUGCAGCGUCACCGCCAACCCGCCGCCCACACGCAUCACCUUCUACCACCAGGGAGAGGAGGUGCAGCAGGGGAAGCGCGGCGCGGGCGUGGUGCUGGUGACGGGGGACUCUCUGGUGCUGCAGAAGGUGGGGCGGCAGGGCGGGGGGCGGUACUCCUGCAGCGCCGCAAACUCCCGGGGCACGGAGACCAGCAACACGAUCAGUCUCAACGUGCUGUAUGCCCCUCGGUGUCAGGUGGAUGAGCAGGUGGUGACUGUGACGCCAGGAGAGAACGUGACGGUAGUGUGUGCCGUGGACGCCUUCCCGCCGCCGGACCGCUUCUCCUGGUCUCUCAACAGCACUCAGGACGGCCUACAAGCAGUGCCCAAGAGCGAGUUUGAAUGGUCGGGCAACACCUCCCGUCUCACCUACACCACGCCGCUCUCCCUCACCAAGAUGAUCGUGCUGUGCUGGGCCAUGAACAAGCAGGGCACCAACGGCCACCCAUGCACCACUCUGCUCAUCCCUGCAGGUGUGCCGGAGCGCGUGGAGAGCUGCACGGUCGUUGAGCAGCGGGUGUCUUCCCUCAGAGUGACCUGCGCGCCGGGCUUCGAUGGCGGACUGCGGCAGAGAUUUAUAGCCUUGGUGCUCGAACCCGGGGAUCAACGACUGGUGGCGAAUGUGACGGCAGACGAGCCUCAGUUUACCCUCGGCGGCCUGGCUCCGGGGCUCGACUACGUGGUGAAGGUGUUCUCGUUCAACAGCCGCGGCAGAUCGGAACCUUACGUGCUGGACGGGUUCUCUCUCAAAGUGGCGGAGAAUCGUAUGGACUCGGGCGCCGCGGGACCCAGCCAAGGCGCCUCUCCUCUCCUCGCCCUCUUCAUAGGAGUGUUGGCGGCCUUCGUGCUCACCCUCACCGUGAUCAUCGUGGCUACAAAGCUAAGGUGCCGUGCCAGGGCUUCCCCAAGGGGUGGUGCUGAGGGCGGCAAGAGCGAAGACAGCGAGGAUGAUGAGGAAGGUCAAGGAGGUGGAGAGAGAAAAAGUUCAGCGGAAGAGAAGCUGAUGACCAUGAUGAGACCUGACUGUGAGGAAAUGGCUAAAGAAGCACUUUCACUCCAACAACAACAGCAGCAGCAGCAGCAACAGCAGCAGCAACAGCCACAGCCGCAACAACAGCUGCCGCCGCAACAACAGCAACACCACCUCCCGCAGCAGCUGUUUGGGAUGUCCUCUUCUCAUGAAGCAGGAUCGCCGCUGGACUACACGCGCCUCGACUGCAAAACUUCAGAUUCCCUCUAUAGUUCCUGCGCAAGCAAUCGGUGCGGCAUCGGGUACUCCACCGAGUCCGCCAUGUUGCUUUCUUCGUCUCCCUCGGCCCUGCAGCGGCACCGUCGGCAUGCUGGCGGGGACUCCCUGCACGGGUGGCGGGGAGGGGGCUGCUGUGGGCGGCGGGCCGAUGAUGGGCAUGAUGUACGGCUCCCUGGGGCGAUCCCUGGGACAGACGUGGGGCCAGUACAGCAGUCUCAGCCGGCCCCCGCCCCCUACCUACGAUCCCGAGGCUGGAACACGUUUCCACACUCUCUCGGCUGGCAGUCCUUGCACUCGACGCCCCAGUGAGAGCUUCGUGUGAGGGCGGGAGAGAGCGGCGACGGUGGCGCCUCUGCUCCACGCCGAGGGCCAUGUUUGCUCGAGAUGCGCCGUCGCGGUUCCUGGUCUUGAUGUCACUGCUGAGAGCCAUUGCCGCCAUUGCCACCGCAGCUCAACGGCACUGCUAGGCCUCCGCCAGACCCGUGAGAGGAUAUGAGGGUGAGACAAGAGGGAAGCAAGGAAGGCAGAGAAAGAGGGCGAGACUUCUCCUUUGUCCUCCUUUUUCCUCCUCUCUCGUCUGCAGCAAGAUUGAAUGUAUAACUUGGCCUGUCGACCGGAAUUGCUGCCUUCAUCCCCAUUCCAUUUCCAGCUUCCCACCCGACACCUCAUCGGGACGGUGAAGAAAACAAAACUCCUCCAUGACCUCUCUGUGGUGAGGACGAAAUCCCAGUGUCACAAUCUCCAAAUCGUCUUGGGGUAGAAGUUUUAUAGCUUGGACGUGAACUUUUGUCCUCUCGCUCUCUCUUUCGAACGAGUGGAUGCACUUUAGACAGGUGGUAUACUUUUAAUUUAUGUCUAGCCAGGAGUCGUAGGGAAAGUCCUUUCUUUCAUCGUCUCGCUUUUCACAUUAAACGAUGAUCCAGGUUGAAGUGAGAAAAUUGAAGGAAAAAAUUAUACUACCGCUUCUCCCCUUUCCUUCCCACCCCGAAAAGGAACCUGGAAAAUAAAAGGCAUCAUUUCGCUCGUUGGUCUGAUGGAGGGAUUAGUGAGGAUCGGACGGAAGAAAUAAGACUUACUAGGUUACGAGUGGAGGACUGCUGACGCUGAUCCGUGUGCCAGAAAACUCGGGCAAACAUAGUGGCAGACUUAUUCUUACGAAUCACAAUCAUGAGUCGUGGAAAAUAUUCUUGUUUACUUUACGGAUAACGCGAGAGUGGUGAGGCAGUGGUGGUGCCAAGGAGGAAAACCAGUGGCGGACGCGUCUUUGAGGAGUGUGGUGACCGAGUGUUUAAUUUGUGAUCUCAUUUCUCUUCUGUCCUAGUCCAAGACUGACAGACAUUAUGUGCACUCGUGGCACCAUCAAGACUUCAGCGAGUUGUCACUCAGUGCACAGCCGCAAUAUAAGGAUUAUUACAGGUUUCAUUAAAAAACAGGUGCUUUUCAAGUCCGGGAAACUGACAUAUGUAGGUAAUGAAACUUAUAUUUUCUCGUUAAUCAACAAUGAUUCGACUCAGUUACUUCAUUGUAGUAAAAGAUAACAUCGCCAGUGAAGUGAAGUGGUUGCUUGUUAAAAUGUUGAAAUAUUAGUAAGACUUGCAAGCGGGGACCCAUUACGGUGACAUUCAGUAUACAAGUAUUUAUUUUUUAACAAUGAAAUACUUGUGUAACGAACGUAACGAAAACCAAUUAUGGCGAAAAACUUCCUGGGAAAAAGUCAUGUUGCAAAAAUAUCGGGAAAAAAUUGUGAUCGUAUUUAAUAAAUCAGACCAGAAAAAAAAUUUCUUCGUUAAUUCCUAUGUAACAAUAAUAAUUAAAUGAAUAGAUAAGUAAAUAAAUGUCGAGUUAUGAAAGAAAAAUAAAACUAAAACAACCACCGUUGUGAAACAAAAGAAAUAACGGUAAAGAAUAACCAACACGAACCGGAUAACAAUUAAAAACACAUGAAUAACAUGAAGCAGAAGACAAAAUACUGUACGUGGCUCUCUAAUGUUAAUCUACAGGCGAGUUAAUAUAAUAAAACCUCUUGGUGCCUCUUCAUACUCCAGGUGAAGAAUUUUAUAUGUCGUUUCGUGGAGUGACGUAUGUUUGGUGUAGUGGUGUGGAAUCCGAGUGCUUUGUGUAGUAAGGGAGGGAGCGAAUGCUGAUGGCAGGACAAGGCAAAGAAGACUAUAACAGGUUAAAAGAAAACACGAAAAUAUAGAGUAUAGUGGAGUUAUACUAUAUCAGAAGGAGACCGAGUAUAGUGAUAAAUGUGAUGGUGGAAGCAAGGAAAUUAAAAUAUUAACAGCAGGUGCCUGGGUAGUGUGUGUGUGUGUGUGUGUGUGUGUGUGUGUGUGUGUGUGUGUGUGUGUGUGUGUGUGCGCGCGCGUGUGUGUGUUGUAGUGAUGAUAUGUUAAAUGGGCAGUUUUGUAAAUAAACUUGCAUAUAUAUCUAAUAAAAAUAUCAGCAUA